AUGAGGACGGUGCUGCAGAGGGUCAAGUCGGCAUCAGUCACGGUCGAUGGCCAGUUGAUCUCCUCGAUUGGCAAGGGCUUGCUGGUCCUUGCUGCCGUCUCCAAAGACGACACGGAGAAGGAUGUUGAGGCCAUGGCUAGCAAGAUACUCAAGGCCAAGCUCUGGGACGACGAUUCCAAGGACCCGCCGGGCCGCGUAUGA